GGAGAGAGUGGAGAGAGUGGAGAGGGAGAAGGAUACAUUUGAUAAGGUUUUUGAGUUUUUUGAGGAUAUAUACAGCCAAAUACAAAAGAUAAUCGUUUUAUUUUUGAAAACAUCAGUCAAAUGCUAAGAAGUCAUAUUAUAAUAAAUGGUCAUUAUGUAGCCUAUGCCUGAGUCUUUUUUUGUGCGUGCGUGAGCGCGCACGCAUGUGUAUGCGCAAGUAUUUUGAUAGAGUGUGACAGAGGGGAUAUGGGGGCCGAGUGUAAGGGAGUGCGUGUUGUUGUGACUGUGGGAUUUAAUUUUUUUAAUCGGGAUUAACAUGCGCGCAGCGGCGGCCAUCCUUUUCUUGCCGGGAUGCUUCCCGCCACACGACACAUCUGGACGGAGACGGGCGGGCUGCGCAGCGGUGUUUCGAGUGCCUCGCCGUCAUCGAAGAUAACUCUUCUCCGCCCGGUGGAGUCUGUCGUCCACAUCGAUGUCGGGCAAAUUAGCUGACGUUUGCCAAUGAGUAGCAGCACGAGCCAUCGCUGACUGACCGAAAAAGCGCGCGACCGGAGUUCGGUUUAGAACUUUCCAUCGAAAUGUACCGACGUCUCUGGUCUGCAAUGUAAAGAUCGGCGAUGUCGGAAAGCGGAAAACAUGGAGGGGGAAAAAGGGAGGAUCAGGGGGGUGGAAGAGGAGGCGGAGGAGGACAGGGUCUGGUCCCUUCCCAUGGACCCCUUCCCCCUGACCUCCGGCCCUCUCCGCCCGUGACGGAGGGCCCUACGCCCCGCCAGCCCGCCCACAGGAGGCACCUCCCGCGGGGCAUCGUGAUCCAGCUGACGGGCACGGAGGGAAAGUGGGACAGCCUGGACGACGGCGAGCUCCUCUUCUCCGGCCUCCACCCCGACGACGAGGACCCCUGCCCCCUCAUCUCUCUGUCCACCGAGGGGGAGGCCUCCCCUGAGGAGGGCGAACGGGAGCCAUGCUUCAUGGCCUUCCCCUUCCCUCUCUCCCCGUCCUCCCCCGACUCUCUGGGGAGCUGCUCUCCCUCCUUCGCCACGCCGGCGCCCGGUCCGUCCAGCUUCCUCUCCCCGGGCCCGCCGUCGCCGACGCACCGGCCGGCGCCGGCCAGCCUGGUGAAGUCCCUGUCCACGGAGCUGGAGCUGAAGGAGGGCUCCACGCUGAGACCCCGCCCGCUGCUCACCCUGGUCAAGUCCAUCUCCACCGAGCUGUCCCGCUCCGAACCGGAGGUGUCCCAGUCCAAGUCCGACUCCCGCCUCAACCUCCACCUGCUGAAGCAGCUCACCCAGCACAAGGGCCGCAGUGGCGGCGGCGGCAGGGACUCACGCACCGCGCCCCCCUCCCCCGGCUCGCUCUCCCCCAGCGGGGAGGGCCCGAGGGGGAGCUUCUUCAAGCUGGAGCUGGAGGACACCAAGAAGAAGCUGUCGGAGGCCAUGCAGGAGCCCCUCAGCAGCAUGUUCAGUAAGAUGCGGCGGGACGAGAGCAGCGGGAGCCCCAAGCACCAGUGGCGAGCACCGCAGGGGGCCGGGCCCUCGCCGGGGCGCGCGGAGGGGACGACGGACCCGGGGGCCUCUCAGGAAUCUCCGCUGAGGAGUGCGAAGAGAGCCGACACGAUGGACCUUCCUCCCGCCUUCGACUGGCCCGGCGUUAGGCAUCCGAGGAGGGGACGCCACGGAGCAUGCCCGGUACACCACCACCGCCGCCACCCCGUCAGCCGGCCCAACCACAGGGACGAGGGACUGGAGGUAUGCGCCGACGAUGACGCCGUGCGAGUCAUCGGCGUGGAAAACCAAAGGAGAGAAGCUAGCGCCCCGGCUGGGUCUCUGCCCUCUUUCAGUGCCGCGAUCAGGACCGAUCCCCCGGCCCCGGUACCGGCCAUGAGCCUGCUGUGUGUGGCCGUGUUGUCGUACUUGUACUUCACGCUCCCGCUGGGCCCCUACCUGUCGGGUGCGGGUCUGGGGCUGGCUCUGGGCUUCCUCCUGGGGCUCUUUCUCCUCAGCCUAGGCUCUUCCAGGUGUCGGAGACCACCCCCCACAGGCAGACGGAAAACUUCCCUGUUGGGACUGGAGAUGGGAGCCGGGAACGUUGUUGCCAGCACUGAGCCUGAUGUCCUCAAGGGUUGGAUGAAUGAGAUGCAGGAGUACGACCCGGAAACCUCCCACCCGUCUCUGAUGGCGUCAGUGUUUGCCUCCCUGGAGGGCUCCUCCCUUUGCCUGGAAUCUCCGCGGUGGAACAUCAGCCGUUGGGCCCGGUACGAAGACGACACGCCCCACGCCGGCAGCUUCGUCAGAAGACGUACUUUCCACCUGGUCAACAGCAGGGUGUCCCUCCUGCCGUCGGUGCUGGCCCGUAAACGGGCGUGGAACCCCAAGUACCCCAUCUGCAUCCAGCUGGCCGAGGGAGCCUCCUCUCUGGGAGGGGGGGAGGCGGUGUCCCCCGAGCCCCAGGAGAGCCAGGGGUUAGGGGAGCCUGACCCGGUGGACCCAGUGACCCCCAACAGGCAGCCCGGCCAUGGCUCCCAGCCUGCGGCGCACCCUCCCACCACGCUCUACCUCUUCGGCCGCACGGGACGAGAAAAGGAAGAGUGGUUCCAUCAGUUCCUGUCCGCGUCCCUUGACGGCGCAGGACGAGAGAGGGACAGGUGGAAGAAGCGGGGGGAUGCCAGACCUGUGAACAGAGCGGAUGACCUCUCAACCCUGCAAAGCCUAAGUCCCCCGAGUCAGGGCAGGGUCAGCUGCGGCGCCAGCAGACAGGGCAGCGCUGAGGAGGACGAAGCCCCGUCUUCACCUCCCGUCCAGCAGCAACAUCAUCAGCAUCUUCAUCAUCCCACCCCGCCCGUCUCUGCCCCAGGCCCCCAGACCUCAAGCGGCUCCAUUGGGGGGCUUUCCCUGCUGGACUACCCCAGCUACAUGGCUCGCCUGCUGGCCUCGGCGGAGAGGCUGAGUCCCCUCCCCAGCCCCACGGCCGGAGGCAGCGCGGAAACAAGUCCCACCGCCGUCGGGGACAGAUGUACCUGCGAUCUCCCAGAGUCCCCGGCGUGGGCGAACGCGCUCGUCGGUCGGAUCUUCUGGGACUUCCUGCGUGAGAGGCUCUGGUCCGACGCCAUGUCCCGCAAGAUCCAGAAGAAACUGAGCAGGAUCCACCUGCCCUACUUUAUGAACGAGCUGACUCUGACGGAGCUGGACAUGGGCUCCUGCAUGCCCCAGAUCACGGCGGCGUCCGGCCCAGAGGUCAACCAUAGAGGUCUGUGGCUGGAGCUGGAGGUGGUGUACACGGGCGCCCUGCAGAUGACCCUGCAGACCAAGUUCAACCUGUCUAAGCUGGGCAAGGAGGGCAGCAGUGAACCGUGUUGUCCUGACAUGGGCCUACAGGGGUUCAGACCCAUCCUGGGGGUGCUAGCGGACAGCGACGAGGAGUCCUCCAGCGCUGGGUCCUCAGACGAAGAGGAGCUGCUCCUCUCCGAGCCUCAGGUUGCUGCUGGCGACAGGGGAGGCCCCCACCUCACUGAGGGAGCCCCGGGAGGCCGGAAAGGGAGGAGGAUUUUGAAGUUUGUCGACAAAAUUGCCAAAUCAAAGUACUUCCAGAAGGCCACUGAGAACGAGUUCAUCAAGAAGAAGAUCGAGGAGAUGUCCAACACUCCUCUGCUGCUUACCGUGGAGGUGCAGGAGCUAUCAGGAACCUUGGUCAUCAACAUACCACCACCCCCGUCCGACAGAAUAUGGUACAGUUUCUGUAUGCCACCCAAGCUGGAUCUGCGGGUGCGUCCCAAACUUGGUGAGAGGGAGGUGACCUUCUGCCACGUCACAGAGUGGAUUGAGAGGAAGCUGCAGCAGGAGUUUAAGAAGGUUUUUGUACUUCCUAACAUGGAUGACAUCUACGUGCCACUGAUGCAUUCUGGGUUGGACAGUCCCCUAGUGUCCCAGAAGCUCUCCCCUCAGUCUGAACAGUCUCCUUUCUACGUGGACUCCAUGGAGAGAGACCCAGCAGAGAUCACUAGGGCAGAAUCUCACUAGUGUCCAGAAGGAAGUGUUCUAUCUCCAUCAACGAUUUUCAUAUACACAUUAUUUAAUGUCUAUAUGUAUUUUUAAGAUUAUUUUGUAAAAGAUAAAGGGAUUUAUGUAAGGACUUGAUGUGCGAUCGGAUUAAUGAUUAAUUAACCAUUAAUCAACUUUAGUUAAUGCUGUAAUAAGCCUUUACUUACAGUUAUUAGCAGUCCACUAAUGGUAGUAAUAAUUUACAAGUGGUGUUACAAAAAAUAUUCAUGUUAACAAAGUGUUUAACAUGUUCUUGUUAAUUGGGUAUUAAUGUAGACAUGAAUUAAUACCCCUACAGAAUUAAUACCCUAGCACCCCUAAUGCUUUAUAAUAAUGCUUAUUACUGAAUUAACUAUUAAAGUAUUGUUAAUAAAGGGUCAAUUACACUUAUUGUAAAGUGUUUUAAAAAAACAACAACAAUUGAAAGUGACUCCUGAAUUAACUAUAGUGAUGCCUUCUGUUCAUGUUUACAUGUAUUUGCUGCAUUGGUUGUAUACAGAUGAAUGACAUUUUUAGUGUAUUUACAGAUGCUGAAUA